CUCUGUGCCUGUGUUUUGCAUCCUUUCAUAUCCCCCUCAAAAUACAAUUCCAUUCUUCAUCAUGUUCGCUGCUCGCCAGUCGUUCGGUCUCUUGCAGAAGCGGGCCUUCUCGGUCUCUGCUCGCCAGGCCUCCAAGGUCACCGUUCUCGGUGCCGCCGGUGGCAUUGGCCAGCCUUUGUCUCUGUUGAUGAAGCUUAACCCCCGUGUUACCACGCUUGCUUUGUACGAUAUCCGUGGCGGCCCUGGUGUCGCCGCUGAUCUCAGCCACAUCAACACCAACAGCACUGUCACUGGCUAUGACCCUACUCCUUCGGGUCUCAAGGAGGCCCUCGAAGGCGCUGAGGUUGUCCUUAUCCCCGCUGGUGUUCCCCGCAAGCCUGGCAUGACCCGUGAUGAUCUAUUCAACACCAAUGCCUCCAUUGUCCGUGACCUCGCCAAGGCUGCUGCCGAAGCUUCCCCCAACGCCAACAUCCUGGUCAUUUCCAACCCGGUCAACUCCACUGUCCCCAUUGUCGCCGAGGUCUUCAAGUCCAAGAACGUCUACAACCCCAAGCGUCUCUUCGGUGUUACCACCCUCGACGUCGUUCGCGCUUCUCGUUUCAUCUCCCAGGUCAAGAAGACCGACCCUGCCAACGAGGAGGUCCCAGUUGUUGGAGGUCACUCUGGUGUGACCAUCGUUCCUCUCCUCUCUCAGUCCAACCACGCCGACAUUGAGGGUGAGGCCCGUGAUGCUCUUGUCAACCGCAUCCAGUUCGGUGGUGACGAGGUCGUCAAGGCCAAGGACGGUGCUGGCUCUGCCACCCUCUCCAUGGCCUUCGCCGGUGCCCGCUUCGCCGAGUCUCUCCUCAAGGCUGCCCAGGGUGUCAAGGGUGUCAUUGAGCCUACCUUUGUUGACAGCCCUCUCUAUAAGGACCAGGGUGUUGACUUCUUCGCUUCCCGUGUCGAGCUCGGCCCCAAUGGUGUUGAGAAGAUCCUCCCCGUUGGCCAGGUUUCUGCUUAUGAGGAGAAGCUUCUCGAGGCCGCCCUUGGUGACUUGAAGAAGAACAUCGCGAAGGGUGUUGAGUUUGUCAAGGCCAACCCUUAAAUGCAAGUAAAUCAAUUGAAGCGUUGGUGUAAUGCAGAGGCUUAAUGCAUAGACCGUUUUCUAUCUGUUCUAUAUGUUUUGUAAAACCACUGAAAUAACGAGCUUUCUUUUGUUUGACUAAU